AUGGCAUUCAAGCAUUUUGCUCUAUUUUCUUUGUUCUUGGCAAGUGUGUUCUGCAGUGACCCAGUCCAACUUCACCCUGAAGAACAAUGCAUACUAAUCCGCAAGCUGCAGGAACUCUGGAAGAAAGACUUUGAGUAUAGACGUGAACUGCAAGAUAAUGCCACCGAUUAUCUGCUAAUGAGUAAUGAAAAUCUCAAGGAAGCACUCCGUCAUGGUAGAUACAAGAAAGAAAACAGUCGUAUAUUAGAUCUUGUGUAUUAUGAGCGCUGGGACCCUCGCGAGCACUUCCCAGAGGCUGCACAAUGGUGGUUCGCCGAUGAAGAUUCUCGGCUGAGCUGGAACAUACUGACUGAGGGGAGACGAAUGCGAUAUGCAUGGUAUUGAGAUCUUGCGCUAUGCAACCAGCGCACCAUUGCUUGUACUCGCUGUUUAUCAUCCUUACCCAUGAUGGAGCAUAUGACCUUUCGACUAACUCUUUAUGUAUCUCAGCACUAUGCAUUCAUGGAUUACGUGUGUACUACAUGUCACACAUUUCUAUGGGAAUUGGAAUCUAUCUAGUUUGUGUUCUGCUGCAAGACUACUGACCUUACGCC